GCCGUGUUUAUGCCAUGCGUGAACAUGAAAAAAACAAACAGUGAUCAAUAGUGCAGAGGCUUCUCCAAAUGGCUAACAAAUUGAUUCUUUUCUCCGCUAUCUUCCUUCUUGCUGUAGUGUUCACCUUUCACACAACUGAAGGUAUACAUCCAGACAUUCCACAAAAUAUCACAGUUGAAGGAGUAGCAAGCAAUAAAACAACCAGAUAUGCAUUGGCUAAAAAGCUAACUGAAGCUAUCCUGAACAAGAUGUUCAGUUAAAAGUACUGUAUUAAAUUAUAUAGCUGAUGGUAAUUUUCGUUGGACUACGCUUACUAUAUAUACAUUUGAAUAGUGUGCUUAGUAAACAUGUACUCUUCAUUAAAUUGAGUAAUGUUAGUUUUAUUUAAAGCGAAAUAAAUGCAUUCUAU